AUGGAUGAUAAGAAAAGAAGAAAUGAAGAUAGAAGACUUAAAUUAGAUGUGAUAUAAUCAUAUGGUAGUUUAUGUUCAGCAAAAUUUAAAGACAGCAUAAGUAUUAUAGAAGGUAGAGAAUUAAUAUAUUAAGUUAUUAGAUGAAUAAAGGAGAUUACUAUAUCCAGUUGGUAAAUUUAUAGCUUAAAAAUUUAUUGAUAAACCUGAUACUCAAUUUAUCAGAUUAUCUGAUAAUCUAGAAAUUGUUUCCUGUAUGACUGUUGCUCCUAACAAAAGGUACUAAAAACACUAUUUAAUUUUAAUAGGACAUUAGCAGUUGCAGAAAAAAUGAAAAAUGAAACAGUUCCUUAGUUAGUAAUUUAUAAUUUGAAAGCUCAUCCCAGUAAAAUGGAGGCUGAGAAAAAACCAUAUAAAUAUUUAGAUACUAAAUCUUCAACAUUUAUUAGUAUGGCAUUUUCACAUACAGAUUCUAGGUAAUAAUUUAAAUAUUAAAUCGACAUUAGAUUUUUACUAUGUUUAACAGGUCCUCCAGAUUAUCUAUUGAUUUUUGUAGAUUUGAUUAGAAUGAAACAUUUAGCUUUAUCUGCAAUAGGAUAAGAGUUAACAAGAGUUUCAAUAUCUCCUAAAGAUAAUCAUAUGGUAGCUGUAAGUGGAAAAAACUACUUUAAAAUAUUAAGAGUUUAAGAGAACUCCUUUAUUUCAUUAACAGAUUAAAUAAAGAGAUUAGCUCCAAUUUAGACAUUUACAGAUCAUGCAUGGUUUGAAGAAAAUAAAGUGAUUUUGGCAAAUGACAAAGCUGAAAUUUUUAUCAUUCAUGACAAUGAUGUAAGACAAUAUAUAAAUAAUGCUUUUAAUGAUAUUAGAGGACCAGGAAUUUCUUCUUUAAUUGCUUUUUCUAAAGGAUUUUUGAUUGGAUCUGAUAGUGGACAUUUUGCACUUUGGAUUAGAGGUGAUGAUCAUGAUAAAUAGAAGACAGAAGAUGGUAUUGAAGUUAUAAUGGAUUUACAAUUCUUAAAGAAAUGGAGAUGUGAAAGAAAAAGUUAAGUUGUUAGUAUGGAUAUAACAAAAUAAGAAGAUUUAGUUGCAGUAGCAUUCUCUAAUAAUGAUAUCUGCACAAUAGAAAUGGGUUAAGUAUUACCUAAUUCAACUGAAGUAUUGGAAUCUUAUAAAAAUAAUGAGAAAUUCUUAAAAAGAGAAGUUAAAUUUGAUUUUUUAUUUAAUGGAUUUCAUAAUGCUCCAAUUACACAUUUAGAUGUUUGUUUAUAAAGACCUUUAAUAGUUACAGCAAGCAAAUAUGAUAGUACAAUUAGAAUAUGGAAUUAUGCUUAUCCUAGAUGUGAAUUAGCUCGUAAAUUUUAUUUAGGAGAUGAUGGUAAUUAAUAAGGUUUAGGAACAAAAGAGAAUUAGAGUACAACUUAAGAUAUUUCACCUUUAUGUUCAGUAGGUUUUCAUCCAACUGGUUAUUAUUUGGCAGCAGGAUUUUAAGAUAAAUUACGUAUUUUCCAUGUUUUGCAUAGUGAAUUACGUGCUUAUAAAGAAAUGGCUGUAAAAUGUUGCACUUAAGUGAAAUUUAGU